CCCGAGCCAGAGCUUCAAAUCGAAGAAGCAUUUAACACAGAUUUCACAGAAAAUCAAGAACCGGAAAGAGAAAUCAUCGAUCUCUCUCUCUCUCUCGUACUCCCAUUUUCUCGUCCUUUCUAGGGUUUUCGUUUGGGCUUCUUAGGGGCUUCGAGAAUUUUUUCGGGAAGAAAACGAGAAGUGGGUUAUGAUGACGAGCUUGAGAACUGGAUCGCAUGACUUUAAUUUGGCCUCAAGAAGAGCCGAGGAAGCGGGAAUGAGGCGAUUUCAAGCCGUGGAAUGGCUUCAUUCCACAGUGGGUCCACUCGGUAUCUCGACUAAGCCGUCGGAGAGAGAGUUUAUUUCUUGCCUGAGAAAUGGACUUAUACUAUGUAAUGCGAUUAACAAGAUUCACCCUGGCGCUGUUUCAAAGGUUGUGGAGAAUUAUUCGAAUAUGGAAUCAUUUAUCCCUCAGUAUCAGCCUCCUGCUGCUUAUCAAUACUUUGAAAAUGUCCGAAAUUUUCUUGUGGCAUUGGAAGACUUAAAUCUGCCAGCUUUUGAAGCUUCUGAUCUCGAAAAGGAUGAUCUAGAGUCUGGAUCAGUAGCCAAGGUUGUGGAUUGCAUUUUGGGUCUUAAGGCGUAUAACGAGUGGAAGCUAACAAGCAGUGGCAAUGGAUCUUAUAAGCACAUUAAAACUCCUACGGCUCAGUAUUCUGCCACUAAGAUCCAGCAGCAAACUGCUUCGAAAUCGUCUAGGCAUUUGGACAUGCCCUCUUUUCGCGACGGAAAAGAGUUCAAAGAUGAUGAAAGCAAUAAACUUAAAGAUGUCAUAGCGAAGUUGCUUGUUGGUGAGAUAAUUGAAUCCAAGGAAAACACUGAUGAGAAUCGUACUUCUCUUGCUAUCGGUAGCGAGAAUUCAAGAGAAUAUUUCAAGAAAAUCAUUGCAAGUUUCGUAAAUGACAAAGUAGGACUAGGGUCCCCAGAGCUUCGUUCCUUCUUAACGGAUUUUCUCAAAGAAGAUGACUGCACACCAUCAGGUUUGAAAUCUAUGCCCCUGGGGGAGUUAUCUUUUCAUGAAGAAUACCAGUGCUGUAGAACUUGCCCACAAAAAGGCAAAUGCAACCACAAGCGUUUACUGAGAACACAAGAAAAGGGACUUGCGGAUCUCAAGACUUUGUUUUCAGAAACCAAGCAAGACUUUGAGAAUUUUCAGCUUCAUUUGCAAAGAGACUUGAAGGAACUAGGGAAUCGGGUUCAAGAGAUGUCAUCAGCUGCAUGUGGAUAUCAAAAGGUGGUGGAAGAGAACCGGAAAUUAUAUAACAUGGUGCAAGAUUUAAAAGGAAGUAUAAGAGUUUACUGCAGAGUUAGACCAAUCUUCAAUGGUAAUUGGAAAGGAGUAGUAGAUUCUAUAGGUGAAGAUGGCUCUUUAGUUGUUUUAGAUCCAUCAAAGCCUCGGAAAGAUGCAAGAAAAAUGUUUCGGUUUAAUCACGUGUUUGGUCCAUCAGCAACUCAAGAUGAUGUAUUCAAAGAGACACGACCAUUGGUUAGAUCGGUGAUGGAUGGUUAUAACGUUUGCAUCUUCGCAUAUGGCCAAACAGGGUCAGGGAAAACAUACACGAUGAGUGGUCCACCAGACAGAGCUAUAGAAAUGGGUAUUAACUAUCUGGCUCUCAAUGACCUCUUUCUAAUAAGUGAUAAAAGGAGGGACAUCAUGACAUAUGAGAUUUAUGUCCAAAUGGUAGAGAUAUACAAUGAACAAGUGCGGGACCUUCUUGCAGAAAAUUCUUCAUCCACUAAAUUAAAAAUUCGGAGUUGCUCAAGCGAGGAUGGCCUGAGUCUUCCAGAUGCUUCAAUGCAUUUUGUGAAAUCUACCAUGGAUGUCAUCAAGCUGAUGGAGGCUGGUGAAGUUAAUCGUUCUGUUAGCUCCACGUCCAUGAACAACCAAAGUAGUCGGUCUCACAGUAUCCUUACAGUGCAUGUACGUGGAAAAGAUACAUCAGGGGCCACUCUCCGGAGUUGCUUACAUCUGGUGGACCUUGCAGGAAGCGAGAGAGUGGAUAAAUCAGAAGUUACAGGAGAGAGACUUAAGGAAGCACAGUACAUCAACAAGUCUCUUGCUUGUUUAGGAGAUUUGAUCUCAGCUUUGGCUCAGAAGAGCUCUCACAUCCCAUAUCGAAACAGCAAGCUGACUCUUUUACUUCAAGACUCAUUAGGUGGUCAGGCUAAAACAUUAAUGUUUGCUCAUUUGAGUCCUGAGGAAGAUUCUUUCGGCGAAACAAUCAGUACUCUGAAGUUUGCACAAAGAGUUUCAACUGUGGAACUUGGAGCUGCUUGUGCACAAAAAGAGAGUAGAGAGAUCGUGCUACUCAAGGAACAGAUUGAAAGCCUAAAGAAGGCAUUGGUUACCAAGGAAGGAUAUGGCACUUACAGAAUAAAGAAGGCAAAAUCUCCUUCCGGAAAACCUAUAGCGGCAAUGGAAAGAACUCCUCCCCGUCUCAGAAGAUUAAGCAUAGAGAACUGCAGCAAUACAAUGACCAAGAAAGGGAACUUUGAGGAGAGAAAAGGUUCUAAAAGAUUGAGUUUGGAGGGCCCAAAGUCCCCCAUGAAAGAAAAUGUGCCUGUGAAGACGCAGUUUCUUGAUUCAGAAGAAGUGCUUAAGGCUCCUCGAAGUCCUUCUGGCUCUUACCAAAACCGACCAGUGAGAGUAGAUGGCAGAACAAGCAUACCUCAACUUCAGCUACUGCAAACACCUGUUCAAAGAUCUUCGAGAAAAGAGAUACAAAUUGUAAUGCACAAUGAACUGACAUUUUCUGCAGAUUCUCAGACAAAUGGAAAAGGGUCUCAAAUAAGGAAGUCCCUGAGGACUAUUGGGAAGAUGAUCACUGGUUCAGAGAAGAGAAGAGAGAAAAAUGCUAUUGAACCAAGGUCGCCCAUAAGAGUUGCAAAUGAUUUCAUUGAUGCAAAGUCACCACAUACAAGCAAUGCAAGGACGCUUAGGCGCCGAUCACUCACAGGUGUAAUGCCAUUGGGACCAGAGAGAUCAUCACGGAGAUCUUCUAUCGGGGGUAAACCAAUCAAGAACGAUGUAAAUGAUGCAAGAAAUGCAAAGACACCUCCCCCAACGCAUCCAUCAUCCAGGACAGAAAAGAGAUGGCUAUAGAUAUAACUAAGGAGAACACGGUGUUUUGCUUGGCUCGAACUCAAAGCAUACGAUUUUCAGAAAAGAGAUGAUUUUGAACCAUUCAAGUAAAUAAGAUUUCAAAGUUUUGAUGGUUCUAACUGUAAUGGAAAAGCUCAUUCCAUGGAUUGUACCACCACACUCAGGUGUUAUGGUUAAAUAAAAGCAUCAUUUCUUACA